GCACAUAUUUGCGUGACACUAAAUCAUACCAAAGCAGGCGUUGUCGAUGAAUUUCUGUGUGAUCUGAGUUCAGCUUGUGAAGACUUGGUAACGAAUCCUGAGCUGCAGCAAACUCGAACCGCAGCUAUAUACGGAAUGGCUGCCGCAGUCCCGGAUAAGUGUUUAGUGGAAGAAGUGUCGUACAUGUAUUUGGAUAGUUGUUAUGCAAUGCCUGCACCGCAAUUGCCCGCCCGUACCCUUAGUAUUGAAGGUCGUAAGAUGAGUCUUAUGAGUACACAACCGCCGGUCUUCGCAUCUGGCAGUCCAUUCGCCAAUCUCUCGUCUACAAUUGACUUACUACAUCGAAAGAACACACCGGAUAACUGA